AUCUAAUGUCAAUAAUUUUUAAAAACCACAAUAGUCACGUGGACAAUUUUGGUAAGCAAAUACAAAUAAGAUAAGAAAUUACAUUAUUUUAUGAUUACAUUCGAGAUUUUGUGAAUGAUCUCUGUUCUUAUCAAUCAAAAAUGGGUUCAUAAAUGAACAUUAAUUUCGAUCGAUCCUGUCAACAUACACGAUAUUGAUAUGAGGUUAUUAUGUAGUAAACAAAACGUUUGCAAUUAUAAAUAAUUGAAAUAGUAAUUAUUAUGACUCCAUGCAAUCAUUACGAAGACGUGGAUUUCCUAUUGGAUGAUAAAAAUUCGAAACAGAUAAAGUGUUUACAAUGUCACAGAUUAGUUUGGAACUCGGCGAAUUCUGAUGUGGGUCAAGAAUUAAACAAAACUUAUAUUCGAGAAGAUGGUACAACGUGUAUCACUGAAGACCAUAAUGAUAAUUUAGAAGAUUCACCGUUAUUGACCAAUGAUUUAUACGAAGAUUCUGAGUUUCACUGCCACCGCAUCUUGCGGUCUUCGGAAGAUGUUACUGCUUGGAAAAAGUUGAGUAGUGCGGCUAUAUUAUGCGCUGUAUUUAUGCUAGCAGAAUUAGUUGGUGGUUACUUGGCUGGAAGUUUAGCUGUAAUGACAGAUGCAGCACACCUAUUAUCAGAUUUAAUAGGAUUUUUAAUUUCUUUAUUAGCUAUAUGGGUUGGGAGGAAACCGCCAACUCGAAGUAUGACAUUCGGUUAUUAUAGAGCAGAAGUUAUAGGCGCUCUUCUUAGCGUCUUAACUAUAUGGAUAUUGACAGCAAUUCUAUCCACGAUGGCGAUUAGUAGAUUGUAUACCAAAGAUUAUGAAAUUGAAGCAACUACUAUGAUUGUUAUAUCAACUGUGGGGCUGUUGGUCAAUAUAAUAAUGGGUGGUAUUCUUCACGGAGUAUGCCACACGCAUUCGCAUGGAUUAUCCCAACAUUCUCAUUCGGAAUCUUCGUCAAAUAUCAAUGUACGUGCAGCAACAAUACACGUUUUAGGAGAUUUACUUCAAAGUUUUGGCGUUUUAGUAGCAGCAGUUGUUAUUAAAUUUGAACCUAGCGCAAAAAUAGCGGACCCAAUAUGUACUUUAAUAUUUUCAGCUAUUGUUAUUUGUACAACAGUGAGAGUAGGAAAAGAUUCCCUUUGGUUUUUACUCGAAGGGAGUCCUAUAGAUAGUAUGCAAUUGAAAAAUGAAAUUGCCAAACUUGAAGAUAUAAAGCACGUACAUAGUUUGCAUACUUGGGCAUUAGCUCCAGAGAAAAACAUAGUUUCUGUUCACUUAGCUGUUGAUGAUUUCUGUGAUAGAGAUGUUCUUCUUAAGAAAACAGCGUUGACAAUACAAAGUAAAAUGCCUGUUAUAAGUUGCACUAUCCAAGUAGAGUCUUAUAAUGACGAACUUAUCAAAUUGUGUGGUGAAUGUCAGAAUCUUCAGUGGUGAUAGUCUAAUUACUUAAAUUAGGGGAUAUAUUAGAACUUCUAUCAAUUUUGAUCCUUUCAAGAGGACACUUAUUGAGAUUGUAUAGAUUAUUUUCUAUUUUUUGUUAAAGAUUGUUUUUAUUUUCAAGAUUUUAUCACGUACUAUGCACAAAUUUGGUAAGAAGAAUUCGAGUAGAGUGGAAACACUGCAUAAUCUCACUUUUCAUCAAUAUUUAGGGCUCAAAUGAAAUUCCAAGUCCUAUUACGUUCCAACAUAUCCUCGUUUUAUAACAUAUUUUGGAAAUCUUUUGUUUAUUAAGUAAAAACUUUGUUGAACAAAUUUUUAGUUCUCUUCUAGGUAACUCAUAUUUCUAGAAUUAAUUGAUACGAGAUGACUUCAAGAAGUAGUAGUUUACCUCGUUAUGAUGUUUAUUAAGGAAUGUGUAGGUAUUGUAAGAUUUUAAAAAUGUAGGUUUACAUGAAAUUUUGAAAAAUUUAAUUUUAAUCGGUUGAUAGUUUGGUAUUGAACAUUCAAUUUGGUAUAUCCAGUGUACUAAAUAUAUUCAUGAAAUACAUGUUUUUACUUAAUUAAACAAAGAUUUGCCGAUUUUAAGUGAUAUUUUUACAUUCCUCAGUAUUUUAAGUAUUUUGUUUGAUUAUUUUUAUUUUGUUGACUCAUAUAUUCGAGGCAAGUGCCUUGUAUUAAAUUUUAAACAAUUUAAUAUAAUAAUUGAAUUUUA